UUCGUUACCAGCCAGUCCCGGAUUGUAUCUAUAGUUGGACGGUAGUGAGAAGGUUGUCUAAUGGCGAGCCGAGAGUUGUAGAUGAAAAGUUCUGUGUUUUUGAAUUCAGUGGAAUGUUAAAUUGUAGUUUUCUGUGAAUAAGGAAGGUCCUUGCGAGAAAUAACCAGCUUCCUCACAGUGGCGAUAAGAAGAGCGAAAAAGGAGUUCGGAUCCGAAGGCUCUAGUUCUUUCAAAAUCCCAGCGCACUCUUGCACCAAUUGCAGCCUUUUUAUGACAGAAAAAGUGAGUGUUACAGAUACUUCUGCAUCUCUUCCUUUCCCGCAGUACUAGUAGCACACGCUAUCCUUAACGUCUGGAGACCUUCAUCAACCUCUCGUUUGCAAUAAUUGUGCUUCAUACAUUUGCGUAAUAAAGCAUCCUUUAAAGCAGAAAAGCACAAUAAUCAGGAUAAAAGGAAAAGUAUCAUAAAAAGGGCGAGAAUAGAACACAAUAUCGACAACAAGUAUCCAGAGAGGAGAACCCAUCAACACAGUCCAACGCAGCCUCCAUUUUCUUCGCAGACGAGAGAAGAAGGCUCAAAGGAAUCAAGUAAAGUCUAGGAGCAAAAGCAAAAGGAGAGGCACAAGGAGACCAGCAUCCUAGGCGCACAUAUGUUCCUUCUAUGUGGUGUUCCAAUAUUGUCUAGAUUUCGUCUGGUUGAAUUUAUAUUCCUUGUUUUUGUCGUGAAUUUCGCUCAGUGAGCUUUCUUACAUUUCAUCUGUGAUUGUUCUUCUGACAAAGAAAAGAAGCGUAAGAUAAAGAAAUAGUGAAACAACUUAAAAGGGAAACGAUAAAAAUAUCACAGUGCUUGGUUAUUUUUAGUGUAUAUCAAAGGAGUGCAUCACGCAUUUUGUCACACAUAAAAAAAAUAGUUUGUGCUUUGUGCUGUCUUCUGUGAAUGGUUCAAUGUCAUUUGUGUCUCUAAAUAAGUCUCAAGAUAAGUAACGAGUACUAAAGUUCAAUGCAACUGGUGAGCGAGCCAUAAAGGCAACAACCGCAAGACACAAAAACCAUAGCAACAUCUGGAUCCAAUAGAUACAAUUAUACGGGCUAACAAGAGUUCUUGAUAUUCUGGGAAGCAACAUUUUGCCUAUCAAUAACCAGCUCCGCCAAUAACAUCGACUUCUCGACUCCAUCUCGACUUGCUGCUAGGAAGAAAAAGAACUACCUUGUCUAAGUUGCAAGACCUGUUUUUUACCUUGGCACGGAUAUCUUUACACCUGGGUGAUGCUGUUUGGCGUUCAAAUUGAUAACGACAAAUGUCGUCGGGAACGAGAAAAUCGCCUAUCCGGAUCUCGUGUAGAUCUCACACAAAUAUGUACAGGUCUGACACGAGGGUCAUCGCGAACAGGACGUUGUAUCGAUUCUCAUGGCAACUCAUUGCCGCCACUUAGUCCACAACCAAUUAACAAUAAUUUGCCAUCACCAACAACAUCAUCGUCUUCGUCAUCCACCAAAAUUAGUAAUGGCAGUGUGACAAAAUGCGAACAGAAACCAUUUACACCGUCAGAAUUAAUCAAAAAGUACUGCAGCCACCUAACAGAAUUGGAAUUCGAGGAACUGAAAAUGUACAAUGAAAUUUGGUAUUUUGGUCAAUCUGCGAAAAAAGUAAAUGCAAAAACCGGUGCUUCAAUGAAUUGCGGAUAUGACGAUGAAAAUGGCAAUUAUAGAAUCGUUGAGCAUGAUCAUAUUGCGUACCGUUAUGAGGUGCUUGAAGUAAUCGGAAAAGGUAGUUUUGGCCAAGUUAUUCGUGCAUUGGAUCAUAAGACUAAUCAACAUGUAGCUAUUAAGAUAAUCAGAAAUAAGAAACGAUUUUUGAACCAGGCUGUUGUCGAAUUAGAUAUAUUAGAUGAAUUACGAGAAAAGGAUGCAGACGGAACCCAUAAUGUUAUACACAUGUUGGAUUAUACGUAUUUUCGUAAACAUUUAUGCAUAACCUUUGAACUAAUGAGUUUGAACCUUUAUGAGCUCAUCAAGAAAAAUAAUUAUCAAGGUUUCAGCUUGAGCCUGAUACGAAGAUUUUGUAAUUCAAUAGUUAAAUGCCUAAGACUGCUGUAUCAAGAAAAUAUCAUUCAUUGUGAUCUCAAGCCGGAAAACAUCCUGCUGAAGCAACGCGGAAGUAGCUCAAUAAAAGUAAUUGAUUUUGGUAGUUCGUGUUAUAGCAAUCGUAAGGUCUACACGUACAUUCAAUCGAGGUUCUAUCGUUCGCCUGAGGUUAUAUUGGGACUAUCCUAUGGGACGCCCAUAGACAUGUGGAGCUUAGGUUGCAUACUUGCUGAGCUCUACACUGGCUUUCCACUCUUUCCCGGCGAGAACGAAGUGGAACAAUUAGCCUGCAUAAUGGAAGUUCUUGGUCUCCCACCAGAGGAUCUGAUCAACGCUGCAUCUCGUAGACGCCUCUUCUUUGACUCACGAGGUUACCCGCGUUGCAUCACCAAUCUCAAAGGACGCAAAAGACGACCAGGCAGUAGAACCUUGGCGCAAGCGUUACGUUGUACCGACAGUGUAUUCCUUGACUUUGUCAGUCGUUGUCUUGUAUGGGACCCGUCAAAGCGUAUGAGUCCAGACGAAGCAGCUCACCAUGAGUGGUUACAACCUAGUGCCUCGUCAUCAUAUAAUAUAGCAAAGGCCCGCGAACGCCAUGAGAAUGCAGAGAAUCAUGCCCACAUCUCACCGAAAACGCAAAAGAGUCAAAAAUCGCAACACAUUUCGACAUCAUUGAACAAUGCAAACUCUCUCCUGCCGGAAAUAAAAAUGCCAUCCAUGAAUAAAUAUGGAAGUAUGCAGAAGAUCUCAACGACGAGCAGUAGAAAGCACGGUGGAGGGCUCACCUCGUCCGCCUCAGAUCUCGAAUCUAUUCAACAGUAUUCCCUGCAUCGGAUGUAUCACCAUUCGCACCAUCAGUCAUCCAUAGUCCCUCCGGUGACAGCUUCAUCCAGAAAGCAUACAACCGCAAGUAGUAGCAGUAGUGGGGGCAGUGGAACCUCAAAAUUUAGUUCGACUAGCAACAUGUCCCACUCACAAAGCACGGGUGAUGUUUCGGCAAUCUUCGGACGGGCAUGACGGGAUCUUCGGAUCGUCGAUUGUGAACUGAAGAAAUGUAAACUAGUCAAUAUGGCAGAAUUGUCCUCCAAUUGCACUUAGAUUAACGAAUAUCUCCUGUUCACAACCACAUAAUCAGCAACUCACAAUUUAUCGAUAUACACACAGAAAGUAUAGAUACACAACGACUCAGCGGAGGAGUUUAUCAAGAGGUCAUGAAGCAAGUAUCUACUUUAACAAUAAAAUAAUUCUCAGAAAUGUAUUUUUUAUGUAUUAAAAAAGGAACUAGAAGAUAGAUGUUUUAAGGUUUAUAAAUAAAAACGUAAAAAUGAACACAGUCUCCAUUCAGUUUAGUUUGAAUUACGAUCAGAAAGCAAAUUACUGUCAUAGUUUCUCUCAUUUACUUCAGUGGUUUCAGUGGAUUAUGGGGAAACUGAUUAUAUAGGGAUAUUGUAAUUAACGUUAAUGCCGCCAAUUUUCAAGUAUUUCGUACAUAUGUAAGUAGAUUUUUUAUUGUGAAUAGACUCAUCAGACAAACAUACGUAACAUAAGUCAUAUAUCAAACUUGUCUUCGAAAUAUGUAUGAGUACCUUAACGAUUGAAAUUACUCCUGAGGAUGUUACGUGAAGACAUUGCGCCGGGGGAAGUAGAAAAUUCAUUAUUUCCAGAACUGUCAUGACGUCAUUUCAUAAUUUCAAGCACGUGUCACUUUUUAUCAUUGUUUGAUAGAAAAGCAGGAGAUGACUCUCAGCAGCAACCCAUGAAGACUGUUUUCUUCCUCUAAGUAUUAACGAGUAGUGUUCAUUCGUCAGUAAACUUCCAAUAUCGUGACGUAGCCAAAAGAUGAUAGCUUUAAGCUAGCAAAGAUUCAGGAUGUGUGUCAGUUGGAUUCUGAGAGCCUCUAGCGUGCAGUCUGAAGGAGGCGCUCAUUCACGAAACAGGAGCAGGAUGAUUGGGCCUAAUACGCAGUUCGGUCCGAUGGACACAUAGUUAAGAAGUUUCAAACAGAAUACUCAUUUCCAAUUGUUGCCCCCAGAACUCUACACCGUUUGAAAAACCUUUUCAAUAACAACCCCACAUACAUAUCAUUGAGUAUUCUUUCGCAUAGCCAAUGGUCAAGGAAUUCAGUGCGUUAGAUUUAAUUCUUCAUAGCCAUCAUGUUCACCCUGUCCCGUUUUUCCGAGGAGCUUUCACAUCAUCCAUCGAAACAAGAACUCGAAUUUUAUAUCUAUGGCCUAUCGAAAACUACCACUUCAGACAAUAUCACAUAUUCGUCAUUAAUUUGGCUGUAGAGUUAGACGUAGUUGUAAGGAAUCUAGAACCUAACUUUGUAAGCCUUCUAUCUACUGUACACUCUAGUAGUACCGUCAUCAAGUGUCGAAAGGGAGCCCUUUAAUUAUAGUGUAAGGUAUAUCAGUCGGAAAAUGGAUUUUAUCGUCGUAUGUAUAUUCAGGAAGAGCACUAGUUAGUGCGUGGAUUUAUUUACCAAUCAGUUCAUUGUGAUGGGAUCAUUUACAUAGAAUAUUCCUAGCAAGUAGGUUGAGAGCUAAAAGGAGUGGUCCGGAUGCAAUCACAAGAUGAAACUCAUAUACAAGUGAAUAUUUCAAUGUCUCAGCAACAUUUCUCGCGCAAGAAUGGACAAGAAACUUAACCAUCCAUUUCUGAUACAAAUAGCAUAUACAGAUAUACGUGCAAAACUACAAAUUUUGUUUGGACAAGAAAUAUACUUACUUUUUAUCUAAAUCCAAAAAUACCAACAAAAAAUGUAUGAUCUUAGCCACUAAAAAAUAGAUAAUUUCAUGUUAGUUUCUCAUAUUUGGCAUCUCAUUGUAAAAAAGGAAAACCAUUUACCGAAUAUUAGAAAGGAAGCGAACAAAAUUUCAAGAUAUUUUAAGGAAUCUUAAACUGAAACUGAAAACUUUUUUAGAACUGUUAGACAUAUGUGUAAAAUAUUUAUAAAAACAAUGCGAAAUGUAGACAUUGAUAGAAACAUAAAUGAACAAUUCAAAUAAAAAAACGCAAAAAAAAUCAAUUUCAAAAUCACUAAAAAUAUGUUACACAAUAAUGAAUAAAACAGGAAAUAAAAAUAAUAAAAAAAAAGAUGUUAGGAAGGAGAAAAAGUUAUUUAUUAGAAUAGUGUAUUCGACCAAAUAAAAUAAUUUCUUUUAUUAUCAUUAUGAAUAUUAUGAUUAUAUGAAAAUUUAAUAAAAAGAAAUUUCAAUAAAAAACAUUAGUGAAA